AUCUCAAAAAAAUCAGGAUCUCAUGCAGACAUCUCUACUUCAGUUGUAAUAUUUUCUUCCUUUUUUUAAAAUAGAAAUCAACCAUGAGAAACCACACAACAGUGACAACUUUUGUUCUUCUUGGACUGACAGAUGAACCACAGUUACAGGUGGUCACCUUUCUUCUCCUUUGUUCCACCUAUAUGCUGAGUGUCACAGGGAAUCUAACCAUCAUCACCCUCACCCUACUGGAUUUGCAUCUUAAGACACCCAUGUACUUUUUCCUCCGAAAUUUCUCAUUUUUGGAAGUCUCUUUUACAACUGUUUGUAUUCCCAAAUUUCUUUUUAGUAUGGCCACAGGUGAUAAGACCAUUUCUUACAACAGUUGUGCGGCCCAGCUGUUUUUCACUAUUCUCUUGGGAGCCACUGAGUUUUUUCUCCUGGCUGCCAUGUCCUAUGACCGCUAUGUGGCCAUCUGCAAACCCCUGCAUUACAUGACCAUCAUGAGCGGCAGAGUCUGCAACUUGCUGGUCUUUGCUUCGUGGUUGGCUGGUUUCCUCAUAAUUUUUCCUCCACUCCUUAUGGGUCUGCAGCUUGAUUUCUGUGCAGGUAACACUGUAGAUCAUUUUUUCUGUGAUGUUUUCCCUAUACUGCAGCUUUCUUGCACAGACACAGACCUAAUAGAAUUAAUGGCACUUCUAUCGGCCAUUUUAACACUCCUGGUCACACUGGUGUUAGUGAUUCUGUCCUAUACACACAUCAUCAAGACCAUUCUGAAAAUACCUUCUUCUCAACAGAGGAAAAAAGCAUUUUCUACGUGUUCUUCCCACAUGAUAGUCGUGUCCAUUUCUUAUGGCAGCUGCAUCUUCAUGUAUGUGAAGCCCUCUGCAAAGGAAAGAGUGUCUUUAAAUAAAGGGAUAGCUCUGCUCAGUACUUCUGUUGCCCCCAUGUUGAAUCCCUUCAUUUAUACACUGAGAAACAAACAAGUGAAAGAGGCCUUUAAGAACAUAACCAAAAGGAUUGACAUUUUCUCAAUGAAGUGAAUCAUUUUAAUGACACUACUUUAGAUAUGAGUUAAAUAAAACAAGAAG